CCUCCUCCCACCACCACCCUAUCGCAACCGCCUCCGUCGCAGGCACAGAACAUCCCUCAGCACACCCACUCCGCCUCUGGUACGAUCGACAUCGAGGCAUGGACCAUCUCAGCCCUUCAGUCGCUCAGUGUCUCUCCCGAGUCGCGCGGCAUAGGUGGGACGCCCCUCGCCAUCCCACUCGAUGACCACCACCGGGAUUCUAAUGCGCCCGCGGCUGCACGUGUCACCAUCGCCAUCAACGAGGCACACGCGGGUGCGUGCAUUCUCCCUCCACGCAGACCUCCCUCGCGUCGCGACUCGAUGAAGCGCAGGGAGGCGUUGCUCAAGGGAAAGGAGGGGAGCCGGCAGAGACGUCGCUGGGAUAUGGCGCGCCUGACCGAUGUCCCGAACGUCGAGCCACCGACACCCAGCGAUUGGGAGCCCAGACCCCUCUACCCAGUCCACCACAUCCCCUAUCACGUCGCACAAUACUGGGACCGUGGGCUGCGGCAACAGGUCGAGGAGAAGAGCGCAGCCUCGCGGAAGAAGAAGGCGGCUGCUGCCGGCGCUGCGGGGAGGGGCAGGGUACCACAGGACCUGCGUGCCACGGUCAAGAAGAGCCCUGGCGUAAAGGGGUGGUUACGCUCACUUGAGGAGCCCGUGAGGCAAUUCCUCGCUGCGAGCCGGGCCGGCGAGGGUGAGGAGGAGGCGGCGGCAGAGGCCGAGGGAUCCGAGAGUGAUUUCUCGGAUGACGAGAUUGUGUUUGUGGGGCGAAAGGGCGUGGCGCGCGAGGCUGGGUGGAAGAAGGCGCACCGCGAGGUGCAUGAUCGGCCUGUCGACCGCGGGAUGAUCUUUGACUCCUCCUCGUCGGGAGAGGAUGACGAGAGUGGUGCUUUCAAGCGCUGGCUCACGCAUUCUAUAUCUGACUAUUACGGCCUGGAGUCCCGAUCCGUGACGAUGGCCAGUCCGGCCAGGAAAUGUGUCUAUAUUGGCAUCCGGGAGGCCGAUCUGAGGAAGAAGGGGUCUCAGCUACAUUCUGAGCUGCCUCGACCUCUGUGGGAG